AAGAAAUAAGGUAAUAAGCGACGAAAUUAUUUGCGAUGAUUGAUGAUUCCUCACAAAAAGUUAGAAUUUGCGAGGAAUAAAUAGUCGUCGCUUAUUUAUAAAAAUGCGAGGAAAUAGUCCUCGCAAAUUCUCAUAUUGAGUGAGGAAUUAUAGAUUUCCUCGCUUAUGAUUUGGCGGGAAUUGAGAACAGAAUUUUAGUCAAAAAUUUCUCAAAAUUUGUGUUUGAAUGCAGCUCAAAUUUGUUGGCGGGUGUAUAUGGCGCCAGAUUGUAAACUUUCUGUAAGGAAGUCUAGCCAAUCCUCACCUAAAAAACACUCAGAUAUAUAUUAAAAAGUCAAAUUAUAAUUAUUGGCCACAAAUCUCAAGUGAACUCCAAACCCUUUCUAUCGACUGCUAUCGCAAAAAAAACCCUUUCUAUCGCCACAGCCAAACCUUACUCCCGAAAAUCUUCCAGAUUGCCGGCGAGCGAAUCGAGUACGUGCCUCUCAUCUUUGCAAGUUGGGUAAGGAUUUCUUCUUGAUUUUAAAUCCUUCGUCGUUUGAUUUGGUACAACACAAUCUGAAAUCUUCUUUGCUUUUUUGUUUGCUUUUCUUGAAACUCGACCGGGCUUGGAUUAGUCAGCGAGCAUUGCAAAAGCAUAUUGAGGGUUGUUGGGGACGUACAAGAAAUAUGUACGCAACAAAGCUAAACCAGAAGGUUCUAUUGCUGAGGCAUACAUCUCAUAUGAAGCAUUGACAUAUUGCUCUAUGUAUCUUACUGAUGCGGAGACAACCUUAAAUCGUCCAGAACGCCACUGUGAUGGGACUGGACCAAAUGGGAAUAUUUCUGUUUUCUCUCAUAAAGUUCGACCAAUGGGGAAAGGAGUAAUGGUUGAAUUUUCAAAGGAGCAAUUGGAAAUAGCGACUUGGUACAUAUUUAACAAUUGCGAGGAGAUUGAAACCUAUCUCAAGGAGCAUCGGGAAGAGCUACAAGCAGAGAGUUCUCAAGAUUUAGAAAGAAGACAUAGAGAAUUAUUUCCUGAAUGGUUUAAAUGGAAGGCCACAGCAUUAUAUGAUGCGGGAUUGAUUAGUAAAGAGAUGUAUGCAUUAGCACAAGGUCCGGAUCCACGUACUCUCCAAUAUUCUCUGUGUACUGUAAAUGGUGUUCGGUGGGCGAUAAAAGAGAUGGAGAGAUCUCGCAUCACUCAAGAUAGUGGGGUUGUGACCCUUGGUUCACAUGGUGACGAACCCUUCAACUUUUAUGGAAGUUUGAUCAGCAUUAUUCAACUAAAUUUUCAAGGUGGCUAUAAUUUGUUUCUUUUUCAGUGUCAUUGGUAUAACACAUCGGAAAAAAAGAAAAAGGUGGACUAUCAUCUCAUGUCUGUUAAUGUGAAUAGUCGAUGGUAUAACCAUGAUCCUUAUGUGUAUGCAACACAAGCAGAUAAAGUGUUUUAUCUUGACGACCCAAAGUUGGGUCAUCCUUGGAAAGUUGUGCAGAAAAUUCAGUAUAGACAUAUUUGGGAUGUUCUUGAGAGAGAGGACGAAGAUGAAGCACCAUUAGAAGAAGAUGGUAGUGAACAAGAGUCUGAUGAAGAGUCUGAUGAAGAGGUUGAUGAGAUUAGUAAUUUGGAAGUUCAGGUGGAUGAUGAAGAGAGUGGUUACUCAUUACGCAGAGAAGAUGUAGAACCUGAAAUUAUUACUUUGAGCAUGGGUGGUAUUGAGAAAACUGUAGCCAAUGAUAUUGACUACAACGGUGAUGAUAAUUUUAUUGAUGAUGAUGUCCUUAUGGAAGAUGUUAUAUCAUCAGGUGAAGAUGAAGUUAGUAUAAGUAGCGAGGAUGAUAGUGACAAUUAGUAUCACCAUGAUGGAAUCCGAGUUGCCACCUUCUCGAGGGAAAAAGAUCAGGAAGAUUAAGUUCAAAGUCCCUCCACCUCCUGAUGUUACGCCGGCUUCUCACCCAAGAUCUGAAACUGAACCCACGGCAACUCCUCAACCAAGAUCGGCAGCUCAACACAUAUCAUCUUCUCAACAAGCAGCCAGACAUCAACCUACACCAGCUUCUCAACCAAUGGCAAGAACUGAGCCUGCACCGGUUUCUCAACCUGUUAAACUGGCACAGCACCGCAUCAUAGCCCCACAACCAGCUCAAGCUUCUCAUGCAAGACUGAGUAGAACAUCUCAAAAGCAAGCUGCUCAAUGCCCCACAAGUUUGAAUUCAGCUAAUAUUGCAGUAAUAUCUCCGGAACCAGAUGAUGCUUAUAGAUCAAGAGUUCCUUCUCCAAAUCAUGAGAUUGCACCUCAGCAACAUGAAACACAAAAUGGAGGGAAUUCUGAUUCUACAACUUUGUGCACAAAACGAAAGCGUGGAAAAUCAGUUGGAAAAGGAACUCUUGAUUUGAUUUCAGCAAAUAGGGGAAAGAAAUUGGUUGUUGUGUGGGAUCCAGAUCAUUGGGUUCCUAGCGAUGGGAAAAUUAGUAGAAGGUUCACUUCUGAGAUUGGAAUUACUAUUCGUAGUUAUGCUCCAGCAUGUUAUGGAGGUUGGUCGAAGAUAGAGCCUGAUAUUAAGAGGAAAUUGCGGGAGAAGUUGGAGAUACUUUUCGAAGUUGAUCUCCUUCAUCCAAAAGUUAUUGCAUAUGUGGACUCAAUAAUGUCAACAGCAUAUACUCAAUUUAAAUGGAGAUUGCAUGAUCACUAUAAGAAGUGUGGAACAUAUGAACAAGCACGAGUCAGGUUGCCUCACCCAGACCUUUGGAAUAGUAGACCUCUACAUCAUUGGCAUUGGUUAUGCGAUAAUGUUUGUCGCAAUGAAGACUAUAUGGAGAUCUGUGCUACUAAUGCUCAAAACCGGGAUAAGCAAGAAAGUACUCAUAGGGGCGGUGCAAUGCCAUUUAUUCAGCAUGCUUUGCAAGCAGCAAAGGAAAGUGGUAAGCCUGUAUCAUUAAUAGACAACUAUGAAAAUAUGUAUCAGGAUGCAGAGCAUACCUGGGUGAGUGAGGCUAAACGAGCGAGACAUGAAAAAAUGAAGCAGAAGAGAGAAGCUAUCAAGGCAAAGCUCAUAGAAGAGGCAGCAGAAGGUACUUCUAUUGAAUCAAUAGAAGUGUCUUUGAAUGAAGAGAUUGCUAUUAUGGCCAAAGAGUGUGGGAGAAAAGGUGGAAAGGUUCAUGGCGUAGGUGCUUUCCCUCGGUUGGAUAUCCCAUCUUCUUCCUCAACGCCAAUCAAUUCUGAGUGGAAUGAGAUGAAAGGUAACAUACAAACUCUGUCGUCAACUGUAACUACAUUGAAAUCAGAGAAUGCACAACUGAAAUCCAUGUUGCGAGCAAUAUUUACCAAAUUGAGUGGGAGUAACAACAUCAAUGUUGAUGCUGAUACAAUAGCAGCAGAUGGUAUUGAAGGUAGAGAUGAUUUCCCUGAUGGCUUUGAUGACUUUCCCAUGAGACUCUAGUAUGCCUUGGAGCUCAGUAGUAUAUUUGGAAAGUUUCUUUUUGAGAUGAAGUUAAGGAACUGUCCUUAAUAUCUAGGAAGAAUUACAUCUCAGACAUGUGGUUAAGGAACUAUAUAUUUAGUCCUUGAUGCCCUGUGUUCUAUUUUGAAUCCUUUUGGAAUUGCAAACAGUUGUAUAUAUAUGUAAGCUUAACUCUAAUAUUAGUUGGCA